UGUGCAGGAUAAGGUGGACCUUCGAGGAUACACGGUAUGGAGCGUGAUGGACAACAUUGAAUGGGCCACAGGCUUUACAGAGAUGUUUGGUGUGCACUUUGUGAACCGCUCGGACCCUUCUCUGCCACGGAUCCCAAAGGCGUCGGCCAAGAUCUAUGCCUCUGUAGUGCGCUGCAAUGGCUUUCCUGACCCUGCACAAGGACCUCACCCUUGUCUCCAGCAACCAGAGGAUGCUGAGCCCACUGCCAGCCCUGUGAAGGCAGAAGUGCCCUUCCUGGGGCUGAUGCUGGGCAUCACAGAAGCACAGACAGCAUUGUAUGUGCUCUUCGCUCUUCUGCUACUUGGAGUCUGUAGCUUGGUGUUUCUGUUGUACAAAUACUGCAAGCGCUCCAAGCAACGGGAAACACAGUCAAGCCAAAGUGAGCUGAGUCCAGUGUCUUCCUUCUGAGGAGUCGCCAGCUCUUCUGUUGUGCAGAGAAGCCCUGUGCCCUGUGCCUGCUAGCGCAGACUCCUGACCACAAUGGAUCUCUUCAUCAAGGCUUCCUGCACUGUGGGAGAUGGUUUCUAUCUUGAAGCUUUCUAAGUUCUCAGUUGAAAUGAAAAAGCAUCUUCUUCAGUACUGGCAAUUUUCCUGGCUACUCCAAGAAGCUUUGCCAGGUCCCCUGUGGAAAUGCAGAGACUUAACUGUGUAGCAGUUCUGUGUGCUCAUUUCAGUGUCUGAUGGCAGACUCCAAACUAGAUAAGUGCAAGUGAAAAGCAGAUCUAGCUGUGGUACUACAUGUCUGCCUAUAAUCCUAGCAUUCAGGAGGCAGAGGCAGGAGGUGCUCCAGUUUGAGGACAGCCACAAUCACAUAGUGAAAUCCUGAUUUGGAGUGAGAGGGAGCUGGGAAGGGGGGCAGUAGAGGUCAGGGACACAGACAGUAUGAUGGAAAAAUACUUGCCUAUCAAAUAGAAAGAUCUGGCCUAGCCCCUCACCACCAGUGUUUGACUAACUUUAAAAGAUUGUUAUAUGGUUAAAGAAAUGGUUCAGCAAUUAAGACCUCUUUUAGAUGACCUGAG